GUAUAUUUGGGUAUACGGGGCAGAAGGGGAAACAUCCCCAAUGCAUAUGAGCGCAACAUGGUAGCGGAGGAAGCCACCGAUGUCCACAUCGCAUCGGCUACAAUGUAGCACCGAUUGUUUUUUAGACAAAUAUUGCCAAACGUGCAAAAAGUGUCAUGUGUUGGUCCUCGCUUGGGCGCAGGAGCGCAAUAAAAUGAUUUGAUGAGGAAAAACAAGGAGGGGACGCUCAGUCUGGAAUAACAAGACGAAGGGAGUCGUCACUGGAGAAAGCUAAGUGUUACAUGGAGGCUCAAAUCUGCGUUCGCCCGAAGGUUUGGGCUGAUCGCCACUUCUCUUAGCUUUAUUUGGGAUCUUAGCAGCAUUGCAAUGGCUCGGAGUCGGCAGUUAAUCGUAUCCUAGGCCGAGGAAAGGGUGUGUAACGCGAGCGGAUAACGGGGCCAGUUCGUCUCUUCGGAUUACCGCCCAGCCUGUUCCUCUUCCCCAUUACACGAAACUAAACGUUGUGUCAAGCAAAGAGUAUUAAUCACCUUAUUUCGUCAUGGGGAACACACCUUCGUGCUGCGUGGCGUCGAGCCCUAAACACCGGCGGAACAACCACUCCAGACUGGAGCCCUAUCGGCCAGAGCCGGAGCUGAGCCGGGAGGAUACGGGCUGCAACCUCCAGCACAUCAGCGACAGAGAAAAUUUGGACGAUCUGCCGAUGGAGUAUAAUCCCUCUGACCAUCCUCGAGCCAGCACCAUCUUCCUUAGCAAGUCCCAAACUGAUGUUCCUGUGCACAGCAAGCGAGUACGAGAAAAGAGGAAGAGCCUUUACAUCAAUCAUUUCACACACAUUUCGGAAAACAAGCAUCAUUCAGGCUUGGUGAGAAGGAAGUACAGCUCGUGCUCUACUAUAUUCCUCGAUGACAGCACUGUCAGUCAACCCAACCUCAAAUACACCAUUAAAUGUGUAGCCCUUGCAAUAUUCUAUCACAUAAGAAACAGAGAGGUCGACGGAAGAAUGCUGUUAGACAUAUUCGAUGAGAAGCUUCAUCCGUUGUCGAAGUCGGAAGUUCCUCCUGACUACGAUAAGCACGACCCUGAGCAAAAGCAGAUUUAUCGCUUCGUAAGGACGCUGUUCAGCGCCGCGCAGCUCACGGCCGAGUGUGCCAUUGUCACAUUGGUGUAUUUGGAGAGGCUCCUGACCUAUGCCGAGAUUGACAUUUGUCCCGCCAACUGGAAGCGGAUUGUUUUAGGAGCCAUCCUUCUGGCAUCCAAAGUUUGGGAUGACCAGGCGGUGUGGAAUGUAGACUACUGCCAAAUUCUCAAGGAUAUCACUGUGGAGGACAUGAAUGAGCUGGAGCGGCAGUUUCUGGAGCUGCUUCAAUUCAACAUCAACGUGCCGUCCAGUGUCUACGCCAAGUAUUACUUUGACCUACGUUCUCUGGCAGAGGCAAACAACCUCAGUUUUCCUCUCGAGGCCCUCAGCAGAGACAAGGCCCAGAAACUUGAGGCUAUAUCCAGGUUGUGCGACGACAAGUACAAGGACCUGAAGAAGUUAGCAAAGAAGCGGUCAGUGAGUUCUGACAACCUGGUGAUGGUGCGGUGGUGUCCGGCCAUCAUUUCCUAACGAUGGCCAUCAGCAGGAUUGAGUAAGUGGAACCUGUCAGCUGACUCUGCCCGGUUAGCAGGCAAACUUAGCAGGCGGAGCGGCUGUCCUGUGGAUAUGUGCGUCUGUCCCGCCCGAGAGACACACAAACACAAUCUGGCACUUUUACAAAGCAAGAUUGCACCUCUCUAGUUGUAAAUAACACGGCACUGAAGGGCGGAACAAGCCGGAGCGGAACCAAACGGAAGCGCGUGAGUGCGACAAAAUGAAGAAGUGCAGAUGUCGGGUUGAAAAGCGAGACCACGAAGGAGAAACGACAACGAGACAAAAGUAGCGGCGCAGCUACAUUCCUGUCAUUUUUUAAACCUCUCCCUUCUGUUUCUUAUCUUUUACGAUCUCAUAGACCAUUUUAAAUUCUCCAUCUUUUCCAGCAUUUUGUUGAUCUCACGUUUGAGUUCAUUCCCAUUUCAAUGCUACACAACAGUGUACAUUCCAUUUCACAUAUCGCCACCUCUCUUUUGAUUUCCGUAUGUUACACAGUGUUGAUUUAGCGAACAGCCUUACAUCUGGCAUUCCUGAGCCAACAGAAAAUCUGUGUCAGACCUCCAUUUGACACGUUUGACAGUCUGGGGGCUGGUAAAGCGAACUCUUGUUCUUCUAAGUGGCUCUCUCUUCCAACUCAGAUCUUCACGGCAAGCAAUAUUCAUGCAUUGUUACAGUCAGGUAGAAUGAAGCAUGCAUACUUGAGGGGAGGGAGGGGGGCGGGGCUUGGGGCGGGGGGGGGGGGGCUCUGGCAUUCAAUUCUCAGUCCGAAAUGUACUUCAAAGGUCACGUUGUACUUUCUUCACUGCCAUUGUCCUGACCUGUGGUGCCUGGAAUAACCAAUUUCAAAUCCUUACCACUGAUGAGAAGAACAAAUAACUAACAAAUCAUUUUGAUUCCCACUACCUUUUUUAAUGGUUCUUCCUGCUUACUAAACAGCACAAUUAAACACUCUGUAUUCAGAAGCUACUACUAAAAAAAAAAAAACUCUUCAGGGUAGUUUUGUGUUCUGGAGACGAGCUGAAUGACGUUCUUAUUAUAUGUGAUGAUUAACACUGUUCACACACAGAUUGUAUACGUUUUGCUAAAUUGUCUCUGUAUAGUGUACAUAACAGUGCCAGUUUGCAACAUCUGCGGUUGUACUGUUAGAAUAUUUAUAUUAGAUCCAGUUUCUACUGUACAUGAGGUGGACAGCAAUUGUGACAAAUCAUUUGAAGAAUUUUGAGUUCUGAAGAUUUAAAUGGGAGCUACUUUUGUCUUGAUUCUUGUUACAAUGUUUUCUACUCAUAAAACGGUUGUCAUGGUAACACACGGUAUCUAGGGCAAUACAAUUAUAGGUGCACAGUAAAUGAUUUCUUACUAUAUACAUAUAUAUAUAUAUAUAUAUAUAUAUAUAUAUAUAUAUAUAUAUAUAUAUACAUAUAUAUAAUGUGAAUUAUUUUAAGACCUGGUUGCCGCAGUUUUUUUUUGUAUUUUAGCUAGCUUGCUAGCAAUUCACACCAAUUUGGACCAAAGAUGUUUGAUUAAAAUGAAUUGUAUUGUUGUGCAUACAAUAUAGGUCAAGGAUUUUAGAAUUGUGACAAGACUGAAGACAUCAUUUUUGUUACCUGUGUUUAAUAAAAACAUCUGAAUACUGUUAA